UGUCAAAUGUGAUUAGAAUGAAGAAAUCAAGAGUGCAUGUGGUGAACUGAUUGGUGGCGGUGGAAUGACAAUUUGUAUUUUACAAUCAGCGUGGAGAGUAGCACCACUUUUUGUUGUCAUCUUUGAUCUUCCACUUCAAAAUAAUUGUCUUAUCUCGUAAUCUCCAUUUGAACAUUUCUCUUCUUAUUCUCUCGUGCACUCACACACCCCUUUCCAAUUUCGUGAAAUUAGGGUUUUCUCACUCCCUUUCUUCCUUCACUGAUUCUCGAGGUGAGAGAAUCCGGUUUCCUUAAUGAUUUCGCCCUGUCGGUUGGACUCGCUAUUGGACCGUUAAAUGAUUCUUGGGAUUUGAGUAUAUCCCAACAACUCUGCUGCCUUUCGCUUUUCGUGUUGUGGUUCUUUGUGUUUGAUGCCCAAAUACCAAAGAUGAAAGGUGUUAGAGAUUGGGUCUUCUCUCAAAUACUAUCCAAAUCGCUGGUCUCGCCUUCACCAUUAUCUGGCAGUAAUAGUCUCUAUGCUGGAGAGCAUCGGAAUGAAAAUUUUAAUGAGCAAGGUUCAGAUCACUCAGCUAAUUCAGUAUCAUCACCCAUCCCUUCCAACUCAUCAAACUCUUCAUAUGGUGAUCAGAGUAAUCAGCAUAGUUCCUCCUUGCAGCUAGUUUCAGAUACAGAAAUCUAUCAGUAUCAACAUAACACUAAUGGAAGACGGAAGGAUACUUUGGCCAAGGUUGAGGAACUCCAAGUUAAAUUCUUCCGAUUGCUCCAACGCCUUGGCCAAUCACAAGAAAAUCUUUUGGUUGCUAAGGUUCUUUAUCGGAUGCACCUGGCAACUUUGAUUCGUGCCAAGGAAUUAGAUCUGAAAAGAGUUAACCACAUUAGCAGUAGCGCCCGAGCAAUAGCAAGCGAACAGGAGGCUACUGGUAUGCCUCAAUUGGAUUUCUCCUGCAGAAUACUUGUUCUUGGUAAAACAGGAGUUGGUAAAAGUGCUACCAUAAAUUCUAUAUUUGGUCAAGCAAAAACCACCACCGGUGCUUUUCAACCUGCUACUAAUUGCAUCCAAGAAGUUGUGGGAAAUGUCAAUGGGCUUAACAUAGCAUUUAUUGAUACCCCUGGUUUCCUGCCUUCCUCCACCAACAAUAUGAAAAGAAAUAAGAGGAUCAUGCUUUCUAUAAAGAGAUUCAUUAGAAAGUCCCCUCCAGAUAUUGUUUUGUACUUUGAACGGCUUGAUUUUAUCAAUGCUGGUUAUGUUGACUUCCCACUUUUGAAACUUGUAACUGAAGUGUUUGGCUCGGCAAUUUGGUUCAACACCAUCAUAGUCAUGACUCAUUCUUCCUCUGCCAUUCCAGAAGGACCUGAUGGGUAUACUUUUAAUUAUGAGUCAUAUGUUUCUUAUUGUACUAAUAUGAUACAGCUGCAUAUACAACAGGUGGUGUUUGAUUCCAAGGUUGAAAGCCCUGUACUUUUGGUUGAGAACCAUUCUCAAUGCCCACAAAAUAUUAUGGGAGAGAAAAUUCUCCCAAAUGGACAAGUUUGGAGAUCUCAACUCUUGUUAUUUUGCAUUUGUACCAAAGUUCUGGGUGAUGUAAACUCUCUUCUCAAGUUUCAGAACAGUGUAGAGCUGGGACCAUCAAACAGUGCCCGCAUUCCUUCUAUGCCCCAUCUCCUUUCGUCUCUCUUACGCCAUCGACCUGUAUCCAAUGUAAGUGGGAUUGAUGAUGAAAUCGAGGAAAUAUUACUCUCUGAUAAGGAAGAAGAUGAAUAUGAUCAACUUCCAUCCAUACGAGUGUUGACAAAAUCUCAGUUCAAAAAGUUGCCCGAGCCUCUAAAAAAAGAUUAUCUGGAUGAAAUGGAUUACAGGGAGACUCUUUACUUAAAGAAACAGUUGAAGGAAGACUGUCGGAGGCGCAAAGAGAAACUACUCUUAACAGAUAAAAAGUUUUUGAACAGUGAUAACCCUGAUGAUCAACAGGCACCUCCUGAACCUGUUUUGUUACCAGAUAUGGCCGUUCCUCCAAGUUUUGACUUAGAUUGCCAUAGCCAUAGAUAUCGUUGCCUUGUUUCUGAUGACCGAUUGCUUGUGAGACCUGUUCUUGAUCCCCAAGGAUGGGAUCAUGAUGUGGGCUUUGAUGGUAUAAACUUGGAGACUACUACAGAAAUAAAGAAGAAUGUAUAUGCCUCAGUUGUGGGACAGAUGAAUAAGAACAAACAGGAUUUCAGUAUUCAAUCUGAGUGUGUGGCAGCUUAUGUUGAUCCAUCGGGCCCUACUUAUUCUAUGGGUGUUGAUGUUCAAUCCUCUGGUAAAGAUUUCAUUUGUACCGUUCAUAGCAACACAAAGUUGAAAAACAUAAAGCACAAUAUUGCUGACUGUGGUGUUUCCUUAACAUCUUUUGCUAAAAAGUACUACGUGGGUGCAAAACUUGAGGAUACUGUGUUUGUUGGGAAGAGAUUAAAAUUUGUUUUGAAUGCUGGCCGCAUGGAGGGUGCAGGACAAAUGGCAUAUGGCGGGAGUUUUGAAGCUAAUUUACGAGGGGAAGAUUAUCCUGUAAGAAAUGAUAAUGUAAGCUUGACGAUGACAGUUCUCUCUUUCAAUAAAGAAAUGGUAUUGAGUGGAAGUUUACAAUCGGAGUUCAGGUUAUCUAGAAGCUCGAAAGCAUCUGUAAGUGCUAAUCUAAAUAGUCGUAAAAUGGGGCAAAUAUGUAUAAAGAUAAGUAGCUCUGAGCAUUUACAAAUUGCCUCGGUUGCAGUUUUCUCGAUUUUGAAAUUCCUAUCACGUAGAAAGGAAACUAAGAACGUGGUGAGGGAUGUAAUGGACUGAAGUCUGCUCUCGUUGUUUACUUAUUGGUACUGUUAUUUUUUGUUCAAGGAAGAUGUGAAAACAGUGAAGCAUUCUGCAUGCCCUACGUAGAUAUGGACCUUUUUCCCCUGUAAAAGGAAGACAGAAAGUACGAAUUGGAUUUUAUUUUUUGAAGAGGCUAGCUGGAAUUUUCUUUUCCGUGAUACUUCAGAUGCAGUUUUUGAAAGUCUUUUAGGUAAGGCUGGCUGGCAUCUUGAACUUAUUUCUAUCUGUAGAUUAUGGAUUAAUAAUCAGUAUGAGAGAAUUGAUAUUCAUUUCUAGUAAAAUGAAGUCAUAACUGUACAGUAAAGCACAGAAAAUGUCAGGAUUUUUUUUUCCUGUGAUUUGUUCAAGUAUUAGCAAGUUUGAAUGAUAGAGGAUUGUUGUUCAACAGGAAUUUUUGCAAUGUGGAAAAUGUUAAUGAAGCUCUGGGUAUAUGUUAGUGAUAAUGCAAGUAGCCACAAGUCAUCUCGUUUUAGUUUGAGGCUUGCAUUGAUGUUCAAACUCUGGCUUUGCAUUUAUAUUGUGCGGUGCCUAUCAUCAAAUGGGAAUUUCUAUGGUUUUUUUGGUUCAGGUGACACGACUAUGGGCAACAUGUCGGUUGGUGAAGAAGAAUAGGUUGUAUUUUCUGCCCAAACUUAUCUUUUCAGCAAGGAACAUGUUGCACGUUCUAUAGUAUGUUUGUUAAUCGUUGUAUAAGAGGAAAUCGUUUUUUUUAUUAUUAUUUUGCACAUUGCAAAAAUCUAUAACAUUUAAUUAUAUAUAGUAUAAAUUAAAAUGUAUAAUUUAGAGAGUAAACCUCUCACUCUUCACUGUCUUAAUUAAGAAAAAACAAUUUUUUUUCUCUUC